UUUCAACCCACAUUCAUUGGAGUUGUCAACCAGCAUUGUGCUCCUCCUCUCUCUUUUUUACAAUGCAUUUCUUGAAGGGGUUGGUUCUGUCCUUAUUACCUGCUGCGGCGAUUGCAGCGAAAAAACCUGCUGUCGAUAAAUUCCAGCAGUUCCAUUCGAAGGCCCUAUCCUCGUCGCCUUUGAAGCUCGACGACUCCAUUUACGGUCAAUUGACAUCCGCCCCGAGGGACUACUCUGUUGCCGUACUGCUGACAGCUCUGGAAUCGAGGUUCGGAUGUCAAUUAUGUCGUGAAUUCCAGCCUGAGUGGGAUUUGUUGUCCAAGAGUUGGACCAAAGGAGACAAGAAGGGAGAAUCACGGCUCGUCUUUGGAACACUUGAUUUCACUGACGGCAAGAACACCUUCCAAUCUCUGGGUCUCCAAACAGCUCCAGUUCUUCUCCUUUUCCAACCAACUCAUGGACCACAUGCCGUCGCAGACAGUGCCCCGCUGAGAUACGACUUCACGAAUGGACCCCAAUCUGCUGAGCAGGUUCACUCCUGGGUUGCCCGUCAUCUUAACGGCCGCCCUCACCCAGAAAUACAUCGACCCAUCAAUUGGGUCCGAGUGAUCGCGUUCACCACGACUAUACUCGGCACGCUUACAUUUCUAAGUGUUGCUGGCCCGUAUCUUCUGCCCAUCAUUCAGAAUCGCAAUCUUUGGGCGGGGAUUAGCUUAAUUGCUAUCCUUCUCUUCACAAGUGGCCAUAUGUUCAACCACAUCCGAAAAGUCCCAUACGUUGCCGGUGAUGGACGGGGCGGUGUGAGUUAUUUUGCUGGGGGUUUUUCAAAUCAAUACGGCUUGGAAACCCAAAUCGUUGCAGCCAUGUACGGGCUUCUCUCAUUUGCCACCAUCUCACUAGCACUGAAGGUUCCACGCAUCUCGGACCCUCGAACCCAACAACUCGCAGUCAUAAUCUGGGGAGGCGUGAUCUUUCUCAUGUACAGUUUCCUGCUCAGCGUUUUCAGGAUCAAGAACGGCGGUUACCCCUUCUGGCUGCCACCUUUCUCGUAGAUGAGUGGGUGACCCUUCUGGGGUCUGGAGUCGAGUUCACUUUUGAAGAGGUAUAUAAAAGCAAUCAAGCCCCUGUAUCAUAGUCUGGUGGUCGGCGCAUCUGAAUUUAAAGCCAUUUUGUCUGGUAAUCAGCACUUCAUCUCUAAGUUCUCAAUCCACAUC